GGGCUCGCGCUCCGCUGAGUAGUCGACCCUCUGGAUGGCUCGCGCCGCCAGUGUACCAGGCCAGUCAUUAUGGGGGACUGGGACCCUGCCACGGGCUGGACUCCGACCGACCGGCCGUCACUGAGAGCUCGUCAAGGAGGUUGAUGCGCUAAUAAGAGAGUUAGCAUCGCCGCUAAUUACCCCGCGUCGUCAAUAAGCUGCUAAAGAGGAGGGGUUUUUUCAGCUAUCACAACCGGGUCCGGCGGCUUCACCAGAGAGAGGAGAAGCGCGAGGACGUCGGGGGAAGGGGGGACGGGGACGUGAACGACAGGUGUGAUCAGGCAGUCUUUCAAAGACAGGUGUGAUCAGUCUUUUAAAGCGCAUCCGAUUUGGAGAAGCGGCUUGGCCGCAUCCAUGGACGACCCGACGAUCGAUAUGACUGAGCUUCCCGGAAAAACAACACUCAAGUGGGAUCAGCCGAAAUAAAUCAGCCCGGCUCAUCCGUCUGCUCUUUUUCUCCGCCGGGCGGCGAAUGUCAGCUGCCCGUAAGAACCUGCACGCGACAGGCGGGGGUUCAGCACCGGUGGAGCUGGACAGCGACUGCAUGGAGCAGCCGGCGGUUGAUCAGGCCAACACGACCGCACAGGGAACCGUAGGAUUUCAGGGUCACUCGCUGCUACAGAACCGCUCUGGAGGCCUCGGAAUGGCGUUGGAGGAGGAACUAGCCAUGCUCACCGGGGAGCGGGACGACGAGGAGGAGUUACCUGACCCAGGAGCGCCCACGGUGGGCCACGAUACGGACUUGUUGUCGCUCCUCCGGCAAAAGGAGAAAGACUUGGUUCUAGCUGCAAAACUCGGCAAAGCACUGUUGGAGAGGAACCAAGACCUAACGAAGCAAUAUGAGAAGAUGAACAAAGAUCUUAACGAAAAACUAGAGCACCUAGAGCAGGAGAAGCACGAGCUGCGUCGGCGUCUGGAGCGGCGUGAGGGUGAGUGGGAGUGCCGCGUGGCCGAGCUGGAGACGGACGUCCAGCAGCUGGAGGUGGAGCUGGAGCGCCAGCGGCUGCAUCUGAGGGAGGCGGAGCGGGAGAGGAGCAGUACCGUCGGCCAGCUCUCGGAGCACAACCACCGGCUCCUGGAGCAACUUAGCAGGGCUGCGGAGGUAGAGAGGCAGCUGUCCACUCAGGUCCAUUCUUUACGGGAUGACUUCAGGGAGAAGAGUGUGUCAAGCAGUCAGCACAUGACCCGGCUGGAGAGUCUGCAGGUUGAGAUCACCCUGCUGUCGGAGAGGAAGAUGGAGCUGGAGCGGCGCGUGCACUCCGUGUUGGGGGACAACGAGCUGCUGCAGAACACCAUGGACCCAGCGGAGAGGACUCUGAUGCUGGAGAAGCAGUGUCACGAGAAGGACCAGCAGCUGCGUCAGAGUCAGCUGGAGCUGCGAGAGGUCAAGUCGUCCCACAGGCUGCUGAGCGCCCGGCUGGAGGAGCUGGUGGACGAGCGCAGCCUGCAGGGCCUCAGCCACCACCCCUCCAGCCUGCUGUGUGAGAUCGAGCAGAGCAUGGAGCAGGAGGAGCAGGAGCAGGAGAGAGAGCAGCUGCGUGUCCAGCUGUGGGAGGCCUACUGCGAGGUGCGCUCCCUCUGCUCCCACCUGAGGGGAAAUGACCUCACAGACUCGGCCCUCUCCACCGACUCCUCCAUGGACGAGUCGUCAGAGACCUCCUCCGCCAAGGACGUGCCCACGGGGAGCCUCCGCGCUGUCCUGCUGGAGCUCCGCCGGCUCACCCAGAACCUGCUGGACGGCAACGAGUCCACGGGCUCGAGGCGGAGCGACGAGGAGGCUCUGGAGGAGCAGGGGAGGAAGAUGGGGGAGGAGCUUAGGGAAAUCAGGGAUCUGUACGACGCCGAGAGAGACAAGACGAUGUGCGUCGAGGAGGAGCUACUGCGACUACACAACCAGAUGGCGCUGCUCUCUUUGGAGAUGCGCUCCGUCCAGGAGGAGAGCGAGAGAACGAGGGCCAUGUCGGCGGUCCUGGAGCCCAGCGAGCAGCUGCUGAGUGCCAUACGGGACCGGGACGACGCCAUAGCCAAGAAGCAGGCUAUGGAGAUGGAACUGGCCAAGUGUAAAAUAGACAUCAUGUCUCUCAACAGCCAGCUGCUGGACGCCAUCCAGCAGAAGCUAAACCUAUCGCAGCAGCUGGAGGCUUGGCAGGACGACAUGCACAGAGUGAUCGACCAGCAGCUGAUGGACAAGCACCAGGACGAGUGGCGGGACGCUCCCAUCGCCGCCUCCAGGGUCCCGGGGUCCAGUGGCGCCGGCCGGUCGCCUUCCUCCUCCUCCUCUUCCUCUUCCUCCAGGAGAUUGCACCGUCGCUCAGAGGAAGACAAGAGGCUCUUCUCUUUCUUUAAGAAGAACUGAACGCUGUCGCCCGGUUCAGGGGGCGAGGGAGGAAGGGCCAAAUGAGAGAAGGAGAGGGAGAUAUAGUAGAGAGAGAGAGAGAGAGAGAGAGAGAGAGAGAGAGAGAGAGAGAGAGAGAGAGAGAGACAGAGACAGAGACAGAGACAGAGAGACAGAGACAGAGACAGAGACAGAGACAGAGACAGAUAUCAGGGUGGCAUAUGUGGCCAAACACAGCCAAAGCAGGGCAGAGGUCAGACGCAGAGAGAAGGGGAGGUCUGGGGAAGGGAAGGGGAGGGAGAGGGUGGUCACUUUUGCACUUUAUCUGUCCCAUUAUCCCUCCGCUCACAAAUGUUGUCUACCAAAUAACCAGAGACUUCUUUUUGCUUCUUUUUUAUAAACCAAGCAAAUACGUGUGCAACCGCCGCUCAUGCUGAAACGCCAGUGGUUUUAGUGUGUCAAAGUGGACCUACAGAUUGGGAGAGGCGGGUCCCCAUGUAGUGCCUAUUCUACCAUCACUAGUACCCCACUGCCAACUCCAUGGUGAGGGACCACUGUGCACCAACUCUGAUUACUGUAUUCAUCCCAGUUGUCAAGCCAAGAAGUCUGAGGAGAGCUGUACACAUUUAGUAUGUGCAUGGACAGAACACAGCGGGAUGUUGGUAAAAUAAAAUAACGUGAAAAAAGGUACUUAAUAAGAAUACUGUGGCUACUCACCAUACUUUGAAAUACUAAACAAUGGAAGAUUGUAUAAAUUGGGGGGAUACAGCGACAUCACAAAAAACAAGAGUCUAAUUGGAGUCAGACUGUGAAUUCGGCCAUUGUCUGUAAAGAACAUAGCCAGCUACUACAGCAGUCCACUCUCAGGUUUAUUCACUUGCCCAGAGGCUUGGUCACCAUGAGGCCUUGGUUCUGGUGUGGGGAGCUUUAACUCCCCUCUUUCCUGCUGUCUUGUUAGUUCAGUUUACUGUUGAUCAAGCGGUGUGUCAGACUGACAGGGGUAAAACUCAAAGACGCAAAGACUAUGAAGUGACUGAGAAAGAUUGGUUUCACACUUUUGUUGUUAGAAUGCCCCAAAUGAGGUUGGAUGUUUUACGGGCACAUGGCUUAUAAAUCCUACCUAACACUAUGAUAAUAGAUAUUUUGGAAUACGAAAUACCCAAAGUGUUUAAUUCAUGACCAAACAACUUUGAUUUAGCACUUUUGCCCAUUGAAUUUAAUCGCAAGAACAAUGACAUUUAAAUAUAUAAAUCCAGCCUAUAUGACCUGUGGUUCCUCUCAGGUCUGUGGUAAACUGGGGGUCAUGCACGUCUCUGACAGAUGAAUAAACCUUUGGGUAGUGGAGUUAGUUACGGUCCAAUUAUAAUGUUUGUUGUUUCAAACCUGCACUUUGUAACGGAUGCAUCGGAUGCAUUGCUUUGCUGCACUUGGCUUUAGAAAAGUGGGAACACUUCCUCUUCACAGCCAACAGCCAGGUGCUCUGCAAUGAUGCUUUUUGACCUCCAUUAAGAGAGAAAACAUGCCUGGGCUUAUUGAGAGCAACAUACAUUUAAAUGAAAGGGAUGUCUGCAGUGAAAGGUUAAGUAGUGUAGGUUUGAAGGUUAAAUAGUGCAGGUUUGAUUGUUGAACAUUUCCUAAUGCAUAUGUACUGUAUGUCUGUAAUUGUCCUGAUGACAUUUCAAAUUGGGAUAAAUAAGCACGUGAAUAAUUCUUGAGCGUGCGCUUUCAAAUUAAAAGUCUUGGGUGACAGAACACUCAGAGACAAUCCCAACUCCACAUUGUGUUAAUGGCAGUUCUGCUGUUUGGAACACAUUCACACAAUCUAUACUCUACAGCCAUCUCCAAUUUGACAUGAUAACAAAAAGAGAAAAAUCUACCUCCAAUCUCACUGCUUUCUCAUUGCCUGUGUGCACUUUCAUUUUUGCUGGGCUUCCCUGUUUGGGUCAACUCAUCUGUAAAGCCCCUGUGGUGGUACUGUAGAUGUCUGACUGACCGAAUGCACCCUCAACUCCUUCGGGAGAUCCCCAAGUGUCUAUGUGUUGUGAUGGCUUUCAUGUCCAGGUCACCUGUGUGAUACCUAUGCAGAUGUCUUCUCGUCAUCUCAGCUGGUUGUUGGGAAGGAUCAACCCAAAGAGAGAUUUUUUUAAAGAAAUAAUAUGUAUAUAGUUCAGUAGGUUUGGACGAGAUCAAUAUAUUUAUAAAAAUGCAUAACUUUUCAAUGAGGAUUGACUUUUUUUUAUACAUGUAUACAUUGUUAGUUUCUGUUCAUUUGUCAUGUGUUACGAAUGUGUCAUGUCAAGUUGUGUGACUUUAAGAGGGUUUUGCUGGGUUCUAGGCUUUCUGAACCCAUGGUGGCCCAGGGCAGCACUGGCAAACUAUGAAGAAGCACUUGAAUGUUUUACCCACACAAUCAAUGAUUCCCCAGAACGUGCUUCAGAUGAUGGAUUCUGCCAAACUGUCUGGACGGGUGCCUGGUUAAGGUGGUCUCUGGUGGGGUGUCUUAGUCCAGUCAUUCACCCAUGACUCAGCUCAGGAUGCUUCUUCCAGUUCCUGCUGAUCUUGCAUGAGUCCUGUGUGGGCACAAAAAAGUAAAAUAUUUAAGAGUUUAAAAAUGAAACAACAAUCUGAUGACAAUCUCCAGAUUCCUGUAACAGGGACCAUAACUGAGAAUGCCAUGUGCUGCUCUUUCCACAAUGCCAAUGUGAUUUGUAUUUAUUAUUUAUUUUUCUUGAUUUGUCUUAGAAAAACCUCUCCUUCCUCUUGUUCACAAUGUCCUGUUUGGUUAAUCUUCCAACAUGUGUUCCAAUAAGAUUGUAGUUUCAUACUUUAAUUUUACAAACAUUGAUUGUUUCUUUUA